GCGUGCCUGCGCGGUGCGCUGCAGAGAGAGAGAGACGAUCAGCUGGGUGAUGUAAGGCGCUGCGUCCUUCUCGUAAACAAGCGACACAGACACGAACCGACCCCGGGCUUUGCUUUCGGCUACGGAUGGUUAGGUCGCCCGCGGACUUCCUGUUCAACAGCAGCCGUUCUGCUCGUCAAAAAGAACCCAAAGAGCCGAGUUUCCUCGAAGCUAUCAUGCUGAACACAGAGGAAAGUUCCUGGUUAGCGGGGGCCUUGAAGCCCAGCUCUAUCCCUCAGGCUCCGGGGCCUCUGUGGUGCUCCGAUGCCCCUCACCCACAGCUGAAGAUCCCGGGUGGGCGAGGGACGGUCAGGGAUCCCUCUCACGGCGUGCUGAUACACAAGGAUGACAGGCUGACGGUGACGCAGGCCUCCCCGGUCAGCGGGAGCCCCUCUCUUCUCCGCUUCCACUACCAGCUGAGUCAGCGCCGCUCGGCCUUCUGGGAGACGGCGCUCUCAGGGGACAGCCUCUUCCUGGAGAUUCCAGCAGGUUCGCUGGCGGAAGGGAGCAAAGAGGGGCUGACUGCUCUGCUGGAGUUUGCUGAGGAGAAGCUCAAGGUCAACUACGUCUUCCUGUGGUUCCAUAAAAGCAGAGAGGAUCGAAUGGCCAUCAUCAAGACGUUCCACUACAUGGGCUUUGAGAUGGUGAAGCCGGGGAACCCAAUGGUACCAGCCCGGCCCGAUCUGGCCUUCAUGGUUUACUCUCUGGACAACAGCAGCUCGGACGAAGAGUGACCGACGCCUUCCUCGCCCACCCGCGCCCCCCCACACACAGACACACCUUCCUGUUUUUACCUUCCCCUCUGACAUAACCCCCCCCCCACCUCAGCCAUCCAUCACGGCGGAGCUGCUGGAGCCGCUGUCCCCCCACAGACUCCUGAUGGGAGGAGGGUUACCGUGAUGCCACUGCAUUUCUCCCCCUGAAGACAUCCACAGAUAGGAGAAGCUGGAAGGGCUGCAGUUUGAACUAAGUCAUCACAUUUAAUUUGGCCUUUUAUUUUCUUUCUUUCUUUCCUUCCUUCCUCCUCACUUCCUCUUUUUGCUCCACGAUUCUGUCGGCAUCGCCGCGAGCGAAACGAAGAAGCUGCCGGAAGUUCAGGAGAAGUUUGAAUGCAGCAUAUCCGCUCCUCUGUCGGCUUCGACCUUUUUAUAAGAGACUCUGGCGUGUUUGAGUGCUGUAUACGAUGCGAGCUAGGAUGUUAGGUUUAAAUGUGUAUGGCCGAUAUGUUUUCUUUUCUGUUUUUUUUUUUCUUUGCUUAAUAGCCCGAUCUGUUCCGUUGAACACGUAAGCACGCACUGAGGGUUCCUUUUUACUUCCUGCUAUAUGUCGAGGCAUCAUUCCAGCAUGUGUCCCUGGCUUUUUAAAAAGCAUCCCUUGCUACUUUUGCAGUUUUGCGCGAGGCAAAACUGAAAACCCGCACAAAACGAGCUCAUCUGACCCCGACCUCGGCCCCACAGGAGCAUCAACAGGACAAGCCCAGGCCAUCUUAAAGCUUUAGUGAUACAGCAGGUGCUUCUGUGCCUAAAGAGGAGAGUGCAAUUGUUUUAUCGUAAACUAACGAGUCUUAUUAAAAGAAUGUUUAAAAAAAAUAAAUGUUUCACCCAUGCAUAUUCAGAGGUGUGCUUUAAGUAAGUCGUGUAUGCAAAAUGUAGAGGGAAGUAAACACUGUAGCAAGCACACCCAGAUUUGUUUCAAAUAUUUUCUGUCUGAACUGAAUGCCAAAGAACUGCCUGUUGUUGAUGCUAAUCCUAACCUUCUGUGGUCAAGCAACGUUAGCCUACAUUCCCCUAAGUGCACCGUACGCGCUGCUUAAACCUCGCUCCGACAGACAUCCUGAUCCCUCUGCCUUCACGCGUCUUCUGCUGAUGGCGCUCUUCACCGCUACCGAUUAGAGCCCCGACUAUAAGCUGUUAAAGGUCAAUACAUGAAGUCUAUCAAAGGUAUAUUUUUUAUCAGUAUGAACUUUUUCUCUGCUGUUUUUUGUUGGGAUUGUGCAGGGAUUUACCUCUUUUUUUUUUUUGUUCUUAGAAAACAGUUGGCAACCGUUCAGGGACAAUCCACACUUCUCAGAUUUGUCUUUUUGGGGGCAUGGUGUUUCAAUAAAGGUUGUUAACAAAA